ACACGCUUACUCUACAAGAAUUAUCGGAUCGCAGUCUGCCUUCGGAGAAAGAUCGUGGUGCGUGAAUUGGGGAUUUGUGCGGGGAAGAAAUCAAUCUGUCGAAGGGAAAUAAAAGAUCGCGUGGGUGCUGUAACGUAAUAUAGGAGUGUUUAUUCUCUAGUUGAGUAACAAAUCCGUUGAAGCGUGAAGUUUUGUUUCCUUGAAAAUAUGUCAGGCCAGUAGUGAAUCAUUUCUGCCGUUCCAGUCAGCGUAUUUUAUCAAUCCAGCCAUCGUCAGUUGCAGAGAGACAGGAUGAUGGAGGAACCGUUGAGUCGGGGCGCCUCGCCUUCGGGAGGCAGCAGUCUCUCUGGAGGAGGUGAAGUAGGCGCUAUGACAAAUGUGACACUGGAAGAACGCUUGCUUGAUGUAACAUCACGGCACUCGUUGAACUUGCUCCGAACACCACCAGCAAAGAAGGCGAAACGCGUCCGUUUUUUUCGUAACGGAGACAAAUUCUAUACCGGUGUAGUAAUGGCAGUGACCCCUGAAAGAUACAGAAGCUUCGAUAGCUUGGCAACAGAUUUGACAAGAGCAUUAAUUUCAAAUGUAACAUUGCCCAAUGGAGUUAGAGCCAUUUACACAAUGGAUGGAAGGAAAGUGGUAAGUGUCGGCGAUCUGGAGGAUGGAAAAUGUUACGUUUGCUCUGGACAAGGUGAGACUUUCAAAAAAGUUGAAUAUUCUGCAUCAAAAGUUCGGCGGGGCAGCUCGCUAUCUGGACUUCCGCAGUCACCGGCUGGAACCGGUCGGCCGACUACUUCUGUUCCUAUCUAUGUUCAGGCCAAAAUUGUGACGCUGAUUAGGCAUGGAACGAAACCUCGCAGGGUGUUACGGCUCUUGUUGAACAAACGAAAUGCUCCGAGUCUUGAGCAUGCUUUAGAAGCCAUCACAGAAGCAGUUAAGUUAGAUUCUGGUGCUGUGAGAAAAGUUUAUACUUUGAGUGGUGUUCAGGUCACAACGUUGGAACAGUUUUUUCAAAAUGACGAAAUUUUCUUGGCUUAUGGUACGGACAAAUCAGCUCAGGAAGAUUUCGAAUUAGACUUUGAGGAAUCCAAAGCCGUUCAAAGCUUCAGGAAAGGCCCUUGUCUGGCUAAGAGAUAUGGGGGUCCCAUGCCUCCGAUGCCGAAAAAAUCAGGAAAGAAAGCUCUCAGCAUACCACAAGUCAGAACACCAAGUCCUGUUUUCGUACAACUACCACUACCGCUCAGGAUGCAUUUUGUAGCUGGACAUGUUAUCGGAGAUGGAAAUUUUGCCGUUGUACGGCACUGUAUCCAGAGGAGAACUGGAGGAGAGUACGCGUUGAAAAUUAUCGAUAAAUAUAAAUGCCAAGGUCAAGGAACAAUGCUGGACAGCGAAAUUGCAAUAAUGAAACAAGUUUGUCACCCAAAUAUAAUUAGUUUGAUUGCCGAACAAGAAACAACUGACCAAUUGUUCUUAGUCAUGGAAUUAGUCAAGGGUGGUGAUCUAUUUGAUGCAAUUGCUGCUGCCACGAAAUUUUCCGAAGCAGAGGCUAGCGUGAUGAUCACUCAUUUAAUAUCAGCCUUAGCGUACUUACACGCGCACCACAUAGUACAUCGUGACGUCAAACCAGAGAAUCUCCUAGUCGAGAUGGAAGGAAGUCGUGUAACAUGUUUGAAGUUGGGAGACUUCGGUCUUGCACAACUCGUCAGGGAACCUUUGUACACGGUUUGCGGAACCCCUACCUAUGUUGCUCCUGAAAUACUUGCUGAAGUUGGCUACGGAUUAAAGAUUGAUGUGUGGGCUGCCGGUGUAAUUAUGUAUAUUCUGUUGUGUGGCUUUCCGCCAUUUGUGUCUCCCGAAAAUGAGCAAGAGGAGUUGUUUGAGCGUAUUUUGAGUGGUCAUUACGAGUACACAGCACCGUACUGGGACUCUGUAUCUGAAUCAGCCAAACAGCUGAUAUCGAAUAUGCUCCAGGUGCAACCGGAGCUGAGAUUUAGUGCCGAAGACGUUCUGGACCAUCCAUGGCUUUCGAGCUUUUUAGGAGGCGAGCAGACCACUUCAGCAGCUGCAGAACCGGCGGAGCAAUACUGGCAUAAGCAGCGUAAGCCGAUAAGACAAGCCACGUAUGACUUCAGCUAUGACUAUGGAACGAGAAGACAAGAAUCUAGCAAUAACACAGGAACCGAUGGUCAAUACGCCUACAUGGCGCCCACUUCGUCUCUGUCAGACUCUGUGUUUACUCAGGGACGCUGGUCUGAGUUUCCAAAAUCUCAAAAAACAUAUUGUAAUGUUUCUCUGUCCGCAUCGGACACGCACAUCAAUGAAAUUGAUUUUCUGAAUGGAUAUUGUAAUGCUAAUGAACCACAGUCUCUUGAUACCGCCUGCUUGGAAGACAUUAGAGCAAUGACAAAAUCCAUGCAUGACUUAAUGAAUAACAUAGGUCAGAUGAGUGAUGCCGAUAUCAAAGAAAGACCAAAUUCAGCUUUAAAUUCUGUACCGUCGGUGAACGGCGCCUUAAUCCAUCCUAGUUUCAACAAUAAAAAUGGAAAAUUGACUACUAAAGAGAGAAAUUAUGGUAGCUCUAUGUCAGAAAUUGCAACACGCAAUGAAAGUCCUACAUUAAAAUCAAACCGUCGUUCGUCUUCCGUUAGGAAUGGACAUUCGUUGUCUGACGUCCGCGGGAGAAUUAGUGCCGGAUCGAAAUCUUCUAAUCAGCGGCAGAAGUAUGGCAGUGGAGGUAGUAUUGAAGAGAAUAAAAAAGUACGUUCACGGAAAAGUACUCACGCCAAGUCUGUCGAAAAACUUCAAUCAUUGAAAUCGACACAUCGUGAUCCUUCAGACUGCUCGGGAAUUUCAGAUCAUGGUAUUCAAAUUGGUAAACGUUAUUCUGAAAAAGAAACCCAUUCUAAAAUCAAUUCGCAUAAAGCGCAACAAACUUCAAACAAUAAUGCAUCAAAAUUCACAAAGUUUGCUAAGACUAGGUAUGUAGAUACCGUAGAUUUAAGUACCGGGUCCAAUUAUGAUGGAAGAUCAAGCUCCGAUAAUGAUAUUGAAACUUCAGAUAGCUUUGUCAAUAUACAAUUUGCAAAGUCAGCUCAUUGUCAGAGCUCUGACUCUUCUCACAGUAUCGAGUCCACGGAUAGCUUUGAAAAUGUUCAGUUCAUCAAGUUCACUAAGAGUGAUAAGAUCUAUGAAGCGAAAUCGUCAGAUCAGACUGGCGAAAGAGAAAGGAACCCUAUUUCUAGCACAGAUGAUAAAAAAAAUGUUUUAAAUUCAAGUCGUAUCCAAUCUCCAUUGGAACACAGUAUUUCCAAAUCAGCCAAAAAAAUACAGAAUACUAACCAGUCACAAAAAGUUAGUAAAAGUCAGGAAAGCGCAUCGAAAAUUACUGGAAAAUCUGUAGUCAAGCGAAGGGAAAAGAAACCAUCCCAUAUCAGUAACUCUACAGAUGAACUCAGUUCAACGAGGAAUGAAGUUCAUAGAAAUAAAAGAUAUAGUUGUCAUACUCCACACGUGGGUAGAAGGAUGUUAGGUGGGAAGGAUGUUGAUGAAAAACUUAACCAAACGUUGAGCACUGAGUACGUGACGAAAAAUAAGAAGUCUAGUUCCACUGAUGAGCUGAACGAUACGAAGCAAAAACAAUCGAAUAAAUCGAAAAGGUAUAGCUUAUAUUACACGCCACAGCCCUCGCGAAAAAAUUACAGUAGUGAUGGUAAAGAUGCAAAGAAUUCAAAAAAACUCAUAAACGAAAGUAUCUCACAGUUGGGUAGCCAACAAACAGAUUUUGGAAAAAAUAUGACUGAGACAAUUACCUCGAGCACAAGAAAGGAUGUAAAGAAUAGAAAGUCGGUUUUGCAAACGACAACAGCAGCCAGCAGAAAUAGGUCCAACAAACAAAGUAUUCAUAUAAAACCGGACAUCGGUAACAUUAAACCAACACAGACGAAAUUAGUUAAAAAGUCAUAAUAAUUAAUAUACCGACAGUUAAUUAAGAACGAUCUCGAUUAGGGGUGACCUAAUAGGCACAAAAUAUCUGAAAUUACGUAUGUGACUGAAGAAAAG